GGUGCAAAAUAUGAGAACCCCACUCACGGAUCUCAAAGUUGCAGUGUUUCUCCCUACCUCCGCGAUAUUUUUUACCCUUUUGGUCCAAGUUCUGCUUUGUCGCGCGAUUACAUUUGUUCUUACUCCAUGGUUUGCUUGGUUUUUUGUUAUUUUCUCGUGCGAACUCACUUUGUGCUGCUUCUUCUAGUCUUAGCUUGAUUCUUGUUCACGAAGAAGUUGUUUUCACCGUGUGUUUUGACAGUUUAAUUCUGUUCCAUUUUUCAAAGCGAAUAAACCAUCAUGUCUAAGCGUUCGAAACAGACGGGAAAUUUUUAUAAGAAGAGGGCUCGGUUGAUGGAUGAGGUCGAAAGGAAUGUGGAUGCAUUAAACAUCACGCUUGAAACGGCUUCGACUUCUGUUUGGCCGGACCUUGGAGUGGAAGUUACACCAGAAGAUUUGGAAUUGUUGUUUGCAGGAUGUAGUUCGGCAGAGCCAACAACAUCUACCACUACAACAACAUCGAACGCAACCACGACAUCGAACGAUUUUCAUGAAUUUGAAGAUAUCUAUGAUUCGGCAGAUGUUGCGACUGAUGCCAAUGAUCGCUUCGAAUUCAUGAAAAAUUUGAAUUUGAAGGAUGCACUUGUGCAUCUUAUCAUUCUUGGCCGUGCUUCACGUUUUUUAACAGAAGGCUUCCUUGCCAUCUUAAGGAAGUUCUUUAAAGCUAAAGUCCCUAAAACAAAAAGAACUUUGCUAAAAACUGAAGCCGAUAUUAAAUCAGAAAUUACACCAAUUAAUGGGGGUAAAUUAUGGUACCGUGGCAUAGAAAAAGUGCUUCUUAAAUAUUUUGAAGAUAUUGAUCCUGAACCGGACAUAUUUACCAUCGAUGUUUCUAUCGACGGGCUUCCACUGUUUAGAAGUUCCCGUAAACAGCUUUGGCCAAUACAAAUAAGGAUGGUCGAAUUACCAAAGGUUCCACCAUUUGUCAUUGGAACUUAUGGAGGCCCGAAGAAACCCCAUAGUAUUGGAGAAUUUUUGAAUCCUUUGGUGAAGGAAAUAAACGAUCUCCAAAAAAGAGGCCUUCAGUUUAAGCAUAAGUUGGUGCCAAUGGUUCUUCGGGCUUUUAUUGCAGAUUCGCCGAUGCGGGCCACUUUGAAAGCUACAAUGAAUUUCAAUGCCAGACAUGGAUGCUUGAAAUGCACAUGUGUUGGGACAACUAUUCAGGUUGGACCUAAUAAAACAAAAAUUAUUUUAGAUUCCAUCGAUGCACCUCCACGCACGAACGUUGGAUUUAGGCAAAGAGAUGACAAAGCUCAUCAUAAAGAAUGGUGCAGUCCUUUGGAAGCCAUCGAUGACUUUGAUAUGGUCGAAGGAAUGCCAGUGUCCGACAGGUUGCAUUUAUUGGAUGAGGGAAUAUUUCAAAAAAUACUAGUAGGGUUUUUGAACAACACUUUCGAACUAUUAGGCCAUAUUUAUCCUCGUCAGAAGGAAGUAGUAUCUGCCUAUAUAAUCAAAAUUAGGCUUCCCUAUGAAAUACCUCGUAGAAUCCGGUCCCUUGAUGAAAUUGCGCAAUGGAAAUUAUACUAG